UUCACUAGAGGUACUCUAGCCCUACUAGAUGGGUAGCGACACGUGGUGGCGAUAUCAGAAAUUAAAAAUGGCUUCAAUAAGUGAGCUACCCCCACCACUGAAAAUCUUCUGAGUUGCAAGACCUGUAUAUACGACCGUGCUUGGGAUUCGUCGAGGAAUCGUCUCGUGUUUUCCGCUUCUGAAUGAAGACGUGCGAGAAAACAGCACGGGAGGAAAAAUAGACGUCCGUGUAUAAAAUUAUAGGUGUAAUCAGAUUUUCCUUUCGUACGAGGAAAGUGCGAUGAGUAACGCGUGUCAGUUUGACAGCAGGAAGAUGCAACGCCGAUAGCAUUCACCGAGCGUCGUGUUGCGCGAGAAUAAACCGAGGGUACAAUUGCACUCGAAAUGGCAAAAGUCAACGAGGACUUGUAUUUAGAACACAUGCCGUCGACGGUGUACAACGAGUUGAUUCACGAGCUGAAUAGGAACGCGAAUUGGCAGGUGCUCGCCUGUCACGUGGCCGAGCAGUUUGGAUACCAAGGGAACUCGUGGCUGCGGUCGUUAGAGCGGAACACCGGCGCGGCGAAAACGCCAGCGGACAAUCUGCUGUUCGAGCUCAAUGUCAAAAUGUGCACAGUUGGAAUACUGUGCACGCUGCUCCGAGACUGCGAGCUCGGCGAUGCUUUGUUAGCUUUACGUUACCCAGAACCGUCAGUGAUUGUUAAACAUCCCUCCGACGGUAUGGAGCGGGACACUUUAGAAAUAGCCCUCGGCCAGCACCUUCGUCUCUCGUGCAAAGCCACGGGUAUACCGUCACCGAGCUACCAGUGGCAUCGCGACAACGUUGAACUGCAGGAGCAGCAAAAUUGUCAACUUGACAUUGUCGUCAAUAGUUGCGACCAAGCUGGAGAGUACAAGUGCAAAAUCUCGCAAGUCACCAUCGAUGGAGAGGAAAUAAUGCCCGCGUUGCUAACGAGAUCAGUUUUUGUAAAUAUAUCUCGUGCACCUGUAGUUAUGCAGCAGCAGCCGCCUGCCUUCUUAGAGCUCAAGGAAGGUGAGGAUUUUAUAAUUAAAUGCAUAGCGCAUGGUCAUCCUGAACCGCAUUAUCAGUGGUUCAGAGAUAACACAAGAUUGGAAGACGAAACAUCUAAUAUAUUGCACAUAAAACAAUUCAGCUCUAGGCACGAAGGAAAAUAUCAUUGCUACAUAAGCAAUGACGUGAAUGAAGUGAUCACCCAAAGGAGUCACGUAAUGUUAGAUCUUCCUCGCGAAAAGGCAGUCGCAAAAAUAGCUUUGAUCAUUGCGAAUGACAAUUAUGAAUAUCACACGUGUCUGGAGACACCUAAGAAUGAUGCUGCAAAAAUUGGUAACCUGCUGAAGGAGAUAGGUUUUAAAGUAAUCUGCCUUGUAAAUUUGUCGCUUCAACAGACGAAGAAUGCUUUAAAGAUAUUUGGUGAGGCUUUAACGGAGGGAGUUUACGGACUCUUCUACUACGCUGGGCAUGGUUUUAAAAUGCAGGAAAGUUACAUGCUUGCCAUCGACGCACCAGAAUCUUAUUUAAGAAGAGAUGCAAUAUGCGAGAGUGAAUUGCUGGCUGUAUCAUUAAAAAACGAUCCUGCUCUCUUAGUAACGAUAUUGGACAUGUGCCAAACUGUACCACCAAAAGAAUGUAAUCCUGAUAUUCAUAACGAGAUACCAAAAGUCGAAGAAUAUAAGAGUAGGAGAAAUUUACGAAAUUUGGUACAAGCGUAUUCCACAUCCAGCCAUCGUCCCAGUUAUGAAAGAACAACCAGCAAGUACGGAUUAUAUGCGACGCAUCUGAGCAAAUAUAUCAGUAAAAAUAUCCCAGUUACCAAAGUAUUCGAAGAAGUGGGAAAAUCAAUAGACAGAUUGUUAAAGGGAGCAGAACGUAACCAAAUUCCAAUGUUUGCCUUAACUAUUACCAAACCCUUUCGUCUCACUGAUGCGAUCUACAAGAGAGAUCUGUCACCCGCGUUGGAUCGUUUAAAUAAAUUAAUAGCUUUCUCAACUAAAUCUUUUGAGAUAAACUUCAAGCAAGCUGGCCUUUCUGCCAGAGUUGUUAUCUCGUUGUUUAUGGAGCCUUAUUUAAAUAUUAUCAAAAUUUCAGUGUGCAAUUUAGAUGACUUGGAAGUAAGUUUUUAUAAUUCUGUGCCUACAAAACAGAAUAACUUGUUCCAAACUGCAAGUGCCAAGCAAGAAUGUUGGAUACACAAUCCACAAAUCUGUCAGGGACCUCUGGUUGUGUCAGUCUCAAAAAAUGGAACACGUGUUGGCGCAACAUUGUUGCACAUAAAAAAUUAUAUUCCAUUAGUACUGGAGAGUAUCAAUAGCUAACAAAUUAUACAGAACAUACAAAUGUAAUUAAUAUAUUUUAAUUGAAUACAAUAUGAUUUAUAUA